AAAUACCGGCAUAGAAUACGAAAAAAUAGCUACGAAAUCAAUUAAUUGUGACGAAAUAUGGAUAGCGGCGAGAAAAAUUACCAUAAGUUGGGCAAACUUUUUGGCGUUUCGCGCACGAUACAGAAACAUACAGCUCGACGUCUGAGCGUCGCCGACCAAGAACGAGAAGAAAGUGAGUUCAAGCGUUUUCAAGUACUUAAAGAAUAUCGCCAACAUCGCAUCUCCGCUUUGGGUGCCAAUCAGCGCUACGUCAUUGAGAUCGCCGCCGAUUUACUGAAUAUAGAUGUAGACGAAUUAAUUAUGGGUUUAGUUGACGAUCAGUCCUUUGUGGAACUACUAAGUGGCAUAUUCGAGGACAAAGGACCACGCGCUUGCAUGAUUACCUAUACAAAUAUGAAAGGUUAUCCCGCCGAAUCGGGUCGGUAUCAGGAUAAACUGAAAAAUACGAACAUAAAGAGGGCCAUUUGCCUGAAGAGCGAUCUUGUUAAAAUGAAAGGCGCUUGGGUGAUCAUAUAUCGCAAUAAUAAUAAUAAAGCCAUAGAGAAUCGUACCGUCUCCGACGAGGUGGCUAUGUUUCGUUGGGCCACCGAGGAUGGCAAUUGUUUGUAUGUCAUCAAAGAGUUUGUGAAACGCGUGCUGACCGCAUCCUUGGAAGUAGUCACAGAUUUUGGCGUUGCGGAACCAGAGCAGAAGCGCAAAUUCUUUCACAUACUCAAUAUGUAUAAUAUAUUUUUACAAUCGUCUGAGGCUACGGUAUCGACGCGCGUUAAUUUCGAAGUGUCACAUGAACUUUUCAAGGGUUUGCUGUUGGUGAAAUUUCAAAUCGAAGCCAGUGCCAAGGAUGUGGGACGUGUACGAUUGGUUGAGCGCUAUUUUGCGCAGUGGUUGCGUCAAAUACAGGGCAUAUUGGUAGAAAGCAAGCAGAUAUUACGCGAUCCACCCGAUGUUGGCCCACUACAAAUGCUGGUCAAUUGGCGACGGCAAUUGGCGCGUUAUACAUCAAUUAUGGAAUUUGUAUCAUCGAGGGCCUUUAACAAUCACAAACAGUGUUUGAUAUUGUCGCGUUCCUCGAAGCUACUGAAGAAAUGGGCGGAAAUCGACAACCAGGUGACCUUAGUGCUGAACGAAGCCAAGGAUAAUGUGCGGUAUAUGUCAUCACUGCAGAAGUUUUGGGAUCCCUUAUAUAGGUCUUCGCCGGAUGAAAUCAUUAGCAGCCUGCCCGGUUUGAUGGUAGCGAUACGUAACGUCUCGAAAACAGCGCAUUACUUCAAUACCCCCAGCAAUGUGACUGGCCUUUUUGUGAAGAUCUCAAAUCAAUUAACAUUGACAAGUCGCCGAUAUCUUACGGAUAGCGAUCGCAUGGUGCUCUGGAAUCUACCACCAAAUAAUGUUAUAGCAAAAAUAAAUAAAUGCAAUGAGAUUAUCGAAUACUACAAGACCAUUUAUUUGCAAACCGUUGAAGAUAUGGCCUUCGCAAAUGAAAAUCCUUGGAUUGUCUCAAAGGUUUAUACAUUUACUUGCUUGCAGAAGUUUCAAGCGCGUCUCGAAAAGAUCAGAGAUAUAUUCAAUACAGAGUUAAUAUAUUCAGUGUUGGAUCGCAUCAAUAUCAGUGGUAUGGAGAAAUUCAAUGCGCAGAUUAAGGGCGCGCGCAGUACCAUCGCUUCGAAACCAUACGAUCCGCUCGAUUACCGCAUUGACUUGUUCAAUAAGGACUACAAUGCCUUCAUCAAGGAGGUCGAACAGGCAGAGGUGGGCAUGCAACAAUUCGUAAAACAACAGAUCGCUGAUGUACCCAUUGCCGAAUCGGUAAUAUUGAUAUUACAACGUUUUGAGCAUUUGGGCUUGGAGUGCUUAUGCUUGGAUCGGCGUUACCUGGAAGUUGUUGAGAUGCUGGAAAAGGAAAUGUUUUUGCUGAAGGAUGUCUACAAUGAGGAGCGUGGUAAUCCAUUUAUAGGGCGUAAUAUGCCACCAGUUGCUGGUCGCAUCACUUGGAUACGUUCGAUUUUCAAAAAGAUCGAUGAACCGAUGAAGGUGCUCAAGUAUAGGCAGUGCGUUUUGGCGCACAAGAAGGCACAGCGUACAGUACGCUAUUACAACUAUAUGAAUGGAAUCAUAUGCCACUAUGAGAUGACCUAUCACAAGGCUUGGUAUGAUUAUGCUGAAGAAGUGCGUUGCCUUUUGAAUUCGCCCAUAUUGCUGUGUCACAAGGAGUAUGCCGAGUACACAGUCAAUCUGGAUCCGGCUAUUAGACAAUUGAUCAAGGAGACCGAAUGGAUGUGGAAGCUGAAAUUGGAGGUUCCCAAUAUAGCAAGCGUUAUAACCUACUGCAAAGACCGGAUUCUCGAUCCAGCCCUUCAACUCAAAGAAGUUAUUAAACGUUACGAUAAUUUUCGACAAUCAAUUUCGUCAGUGUUCAUAAAUAUUAUGCGUUUUCGCUUGCAAGAAAUUUCCAUAAUGUUCAAACCAGCUCUGUUAUCUAUUACCUGGAUCUCAGAAAAUCUUGAAGAUUUUGUGCAAGCUCUUGACGAUAAAGUCGAUGAAGUUGAGACAUUCUAUAGGAUUGUGGUGAAUAUUGAAACGAUACGCGUAGUUAGGGAAAUGGAAAAUUUGACCGAUUUCUUAUACGUUUACCAACCCAAAGAGCCCAUCUCAUCGGAAAAGUAUCUAGAAAUGAGCAAUAAAUUGCGUGCAGAGUUAGAGUCCAUCAUCGAGCGCAAUUCGGUGUGCAUUGAACGUGCCGUUAUUGAUCUGAUUAAUAUGUUUGUGGAUUUAUUGGAAUUCGGUCUAGUCGAUUCGAAAGGACGACGCGUUUACCAAUUACCAUUGGAGAAGCUCAACGAAAAUAAUUGGCGCGUUGAGGGAAAUUAUCCUAUUGACAAAUGGGAUUGGAUACAAUUUCAAAAGAUCUAUCGCACAAUCUACCUGGUUCCAGAUGAUGCACUGAGAAGUCUGCAGUUCAGAAAUUAUGAAGGCUUGCGUUAUGAAUUGAGUCAUUUACGUACUGAUUGUAUGGAUCUUUUUUCAUACUAUAAUUCAAGAAUGAUUUUGACAUUGGUGCAAUGCUCUAAACGUUCUUUGGACUUUGUGCGACACAAAAUAUUGAGAACGAACUGGCGUACCGAUCCAAUGCAGCCGAUACUCUACACAACUAUGGAUAUAGAUUUGGAGACGGGUUGUGCGAUAGAUCCCAGUCUAGAAUCGAUGCAAACCCACUUUCAUGCAGCCAUACAAGUUUGCACCGAGAUAAAUUAUUUCAUUUCGACCUGGGGCCGACAAGCAAAAACACUGGAGCGACGCGUGAGGCGUGUAACUGUCGACGAGAAUCGUUAUGAUCGCGCGUAUUUUCGCUAUGUUGUCGAUCACAAGGACAUCAUUCGUGCAACUACGAAUCUAGCGAAUGGUCUAAUGUUGUACAAGCAUGAUGUGGAUGAGUUUUUAACGGAAACCUUUAACAAAUUCAAAUAUUUAUGGAGCGCAGAUCGUGAGCAAAUUAUACAGGAUUUUGUGGAUACGAAUCCGUUGACAGUGGAUAUACGUGAUAAAUUUAUUUAUUAUGAUAAAAUCACCACGGAUCUGGAAGAAAUGCCGGCAAAAAAAGUGAUCGGACCAAUUGAAAUAAGAAUGGAAAAGGCUAUAGUGAAAUAUGUGGAGGAAUCAAAGAAAUGGAAAGUCAUGCUGGGUCAAUUAUUGAGUGCCCAGUACAAGAAACAGUUGGAUGAAAUGGUCGAUUUUAUAACUGAAAUGGAGAUUGUUCUAAGUAAACCCAUAAACGAUCUGGAUGAUGUGCGACAGGCUAUGAAUUGUCUCGAAAAAAUACGCGAUAACUUUAUAACCAUGGAUAUGAAUCUACAAUUGAUUACCGACACUUAUGCGCUCUUCUCACAAUACAACAUUUUUGUGCCGCAAGAUGAUUAUGAUAAGGUGGAUAGCUUACAAUUGGCUUUUAAUAAAAUGUUGGAGAAUGCAAAGAAAACUUCUCAACGCAUUUCGGACAUGGAAGGUCCUUUGCUGCGUGAGCUGAACGAGGGUAUUGCUCAGUUUGUCAAAGCUUUCGAGCAAUUCAAUAUCGAUUUCGAAGCAAAUGGUCCCAUGGUUGAGGGCAUUUCGGCAAAGGAGGCUAGUGAUCGUGUAUUCCUGUUUCAGGGUCAAUUCGAUGAGUUGUGGCGUAAAUAUGAAAUGUAUAAUAGUGGUGAAAAACUCUUUGGUCUACCAAUCACGGACUAUCCACUGCUGCAUCAGCGUAAACGUGAAUUUAACUAUCUAAACCGGUUGUAUUUGUUGUAUAUUCAAGUGUUGAAGACCAUUGCGGACUAUUAUGAAAUGCCUUGGUCGGAAGUGGAUAUUGAAAAAAUUAGCGCCGAGUUGGCUGACUUCCAAGUGAGGUGCCGCAAAUUACCCAAAGGUAUGCAGUCAUGGCCUGCGUUUAUUGACCUCAAAAACAAAAUCGAUGAUUUCAAUGAGACAUGCCCACUGCUGGAACUGAUGACCAAUAAGGCAAUGAAAGAGCGUCAUUGGGUGCGACUCAAUGCACUACUCAAGACCGAAUUUGAUCCGAGCAGCGCUAAAUUCACGCUCGGCAAGUUGCUAGAAGCACCGAUCUUGAAAUACAAGGACGAGGUGGAGGACAUUUGCGUGGGCGCAGGCAAAGAAUUGGAUAUUGAGGCGAAAUUAAAGCAAGUGAUUGCCGAUUGGUCUGUUGUCAAUUUGCAACUGGGUCAGUUCAAGAAUCGCGGCGAACUCGUAUUGAAAGGCCAGGAGACGCUGGACAUUAUUGCCACUCUGGAAGACAGCUUGAUGGUGAUGAAUUCUUUGGCUUCAAAUCGUUACAAUGCAGCAUUUAAAAAAGACAUACAACUGUGGCUAUCGAAAUUGGUGAAUACCGGCGAGAUAUUGGAAAAAUGGUUGAUGACACAGAAUUUGUGGAUUUAUUUGGAGGCCGUCUUUGUGGGUGGUGACAUCUCGAAGCAGUUGCCACUGGAAGCGAAACGUUUUACUAAUAUCGAUAAAAAUUAUGUGAAGAUUAUGUAUAGAGCGCGUGAAGUACCAAAUGCGGUGGAGUGUUGCACGGGCGAUGAUACAUUGGCAACAAGUCUGACAUGGUUGCUGGACCAGUUGGAGACGUGUCAGAAGUCAUUGACAGGCUAUUUGGAAUCCAAACGUUUGCUAUUUCCACGUUUCUUCUUUAUUUCGGAUCCAGUGCUGCUCGAGAUACUCGGGCAAGCCUCUGAUCCGACAACAAUACAACCACAUUUGCUUAGUAUAUUUGAUGCAAUCGCAAUAGUGGACUUCCAAGAGAAAACGAACGACGUUAUGAUAGUCAUGAACUCCAUGAAUAACGAAAAAGUAGCCUUCGAAACUCCUGUACAAUGCUCUGGCAGCGUUGAAAUAUGGCUCGGCAAGCUAUUAAAAGAAAUGCAAGACACAAUGCGCACCAUAUUGGCUAGUAUGGCACAAAGCUUAAGCGACCCUGAAUUCAUUUUCGUGGAAGAGUUCCCCGCCUAUUGCGGUCAAGCUGGUUUAAUAGGCGUACAAUUGCUUUGGACACGCGAUUCGGAAUAUGCUUUGCGUAAAUGUCGCACCGAUCGGUUAAUCAUGAAGCGUACGAAUGCGAAAUUUCUCAAUUUACUUAACUAUUUCAUUGAUUUGACUGUGAAGGAUUUAUCGAAAUUGGAUCGUAUACGCUUUGAGACGAUGGUUACAAUUCAUGUGCAUCAGAGGUAA